CUCUUUCGGAACAGAUUGAAUUCUCGGCUCGUUUCUGUGAACGCUUCCCCGUGCUGAAGCGGGUCAUGCAGUCCUGGCGAAGGUAAUGAGCCGCAAAGCCCUCGGGUCUCGGCUUAGCAGCGCCCAUAAACUGCACCGCAACUGGAAUGACUGGCAGUCCAGAAGCGACAGUGCAUCAGCCAGCCAGGACGGUGUGAAGUGCAGCGUCUCUAGAGACCACGGUUCAGCAGCCCUUUACGACCCUGCACCCGCUGACCAGUCCGCUACCCCAGCACCGCACGAUGAUGCCUACUCGGGCCCUGGCACAUUGGAAGAUGGAGGUGUGUAUGACGCAGAUGGAGGCCUCGGUGAAAAUACAUUUGGUUGGAAGUCGUUGGGGCAAGAGUUGAGGAUCAAUGAUGUGACCGUGGAUUUACCCAGUUUUCAGCAUGGAAACCGUGCUUUAGCUGCAAAGGACAUGAGGAAAUCACAGGACCGACCGCAGACUCAUUCUGAUGAGUCUCGGCUUGCCAACCUUCUGCGGAGGGUGUCGCGGGAGGACGACCGGGACCGCAGACUGGCCACCAUGAAACAGCUGAGGGAGCUGAUCGUGCACUCUGAAAACAAAGUGGUCUUGGUGAAACAGUUGGAUAAUAUUUUGAGCACCCUGAAUGACAUUUUUAAUGAAAGCAGUAAGCUCCUGCAGGAGCUCAGACAGGAAGCUGCCUGCUGUCUGGGUCUGCUGUGCACGGCCCUCAGUUACGAGGCAGAGAGGAUCUUCAAGUGGAUGUUCGCGAAGUUCGGCGCCUGCGCCAAGGACGAGGUGAAGCUGCUGUACCUGGUGGCGGUGUACAAGGCGUUGGAGACGGCGGGGGAGAAGAAGGGUUUCUCGCCUCUAAUGCAGUUGGUCAUGAGCAGCCUUCAGUCCAUUCUGGAGAACUUGGACACCCCCGAGCUGCUGUGUCGGAGCGUGAAAUGCAUCCUGCUGGUGGCGCGAUGCUACCCGCACGUCUUCAGCACCAACUUCAGAGAUACGGUGGACAUACUCGUUGGCUGGCACAUAGAUCACACGCAGAGGCAGGCUCUCACUCUACAGGUGUCUGGAUGGUUGCAGAGUCUGGAGCAGUUCUGGGUGGCAGAUUUGGCUUUUUCUACAACUUUGUUGGGUCAGUUUCUGGAAGACAUGGAGGCGUACGCAGAGGACUUGAGCCACGUAGCGUCCGGAGAAGCGGUGGACGAAGAUGUGCCGCCUCCCGCCGUGUCUCUACCUAAGCUGGCGGCCCUGCUGCGGGUCUUCAGCACCGUGGUGCGCAGCAUCGGACAAAGAUUCAACCCAGUCCGUGGACCCCCAAUCACGGAGCCGUACGUCACUGACGUUUUGAGCCGGGUGUUGGCCUGCGUCACCGCGGCUAAGCAGGUCUUCUUCUCCGAGGUCGUUCUGACGGCAGGGAACGAGUGCGUGUGUGUCCUGCUGACCAGCAUGGACUCGGGCAGCCAGCUGACCGGACCGGUCAUCUCCUACGGCCUGGACCAGCUGGACAGCUGCCAGUCCUGCGGCGCCGAGUACAGCGUCGGUGUCCUGAAUCUGCUCACACAGACCGUGGAGCAGAUAAACACCAAGCUUCCCGUCACGUUCGUGGAAAAGCUGCUCGCCCCCGACUCUAAGCUCUUGGAGCUGCGUUUCCAUAGAGACCGAGAGGUGAUGGCGGCGGCGCACGGCGUGUACCAGGCCGUGCUGAGUCUGAAGAACAUCCCCAUCCUGGAGGCAGCGUAUAAGCUGGUACUGGGGGAGAUGUGCUGCGCCCUGGACAGUCUGCUGGCGCCCCUGGGGCUGCCGUCGGCCUGUUCCGGCAUCCAGCACGCGGCGUUCAACCAGCUGCACUUCGGCCCUGAGAGAGCGGAGUACAUCCUCAUCUUCAACCUGAGCGCCCUCACCACCAUCGGCAACACCAAGAACUCGCUCAUCGGGAUGUGGGCUCUGUCGCCCACCGUGUUCGCUCUCCUCAGUCAGAACUUUCUGGUAGUUCACAGGGAGCUGGCUGUGCACUACCCCGCGGUUCAGUACGCUGUGCUUUACACCCUCUACUCGCACUGCACCAGACACGAGCACUUCAUCUCCAGCAGCCUGAGCUCGUCUUCGCCCUCGCUGUUCGACGUUGCCGUCAUCAGCACAGUUACCACGGCAACCAAGAAGCAUUUCAGCACACUUCUCAGUUUGCUGGGGAUGCUGCUGAGUAAGGAACACCUGAACCCCGAGGCUAGGAAGCUGCUGCUCACCUGGUGUCUGGAAGUCGCUCUGCUGAUGAAGAAGUCGGAAACGUUCUCGCCGCUGUUCUCGCUGCCCUCCUUCAACCGGUUCUGUAAAGGACUUCUUGCAAACGCUUUGAACGAAGACCCCGGCGUUUGCCUCCAGACCUGCAGCAGCCUGCAGGUUCUGUCCUCGUCCCUGCCCACGGAGCUUCUGCAGAGGUGUGUGGACGUGUGCCGCGUGCAGCUGGUUCACUCGGCGGUGAGGGUCAGACAGGCCUUCGGGAAGUUGCUCCGGUCUGUUCCGCUGCACGUCGCGCUGAGCAGCAAUCGCAGCUCCUCCGAGAUUCACGAGAUUUCUCUCGCCAUCCGCCGGCACAUGGGCAAAGCGCCCAGCAACACCUUCCACCCACAAGACUUCUCUGACCUCAUCAGCUUCAUCUUAUACGGCACGGUCCAUCGUGGCGGGAAGGAGCCUUGGUUGGAGCGUCUGUACCACAGCUGCCAGCGUAUGGAGAAGCGGGAUGGUGCCGUAGUGCCCCGGUCUCUGCUGAAGACCGAGGCUGUGCUCUGGCAGUGGGCUGUAUGGGAGGCCGCCCAGUUCACCGUCCUGUCCAAACUGCGCACUCCUUUGGGCCGCGCGCAGGACACGUUCCAAACUAUCGAAGGAAUGAUCCGCAGUCUGGCGGCGCACAGCUUGAACAGCGAGCAGGAGCUGAGUCAGUGGAGCGGAGGAGAGAGCGACGAGGGCCACCACAUCAACCAGCUCCGCCUGGCUCUGCUGCUGCAGUUCCUGGAGAACCUGGAGAAGCUCAUGUACAAUGCUUACGAGGGCUGUGCCAACGCCCUCACUGCUCCACCCAAGGGCAUCAGAACCUUCUUCUACACCAACCGUCAGACGUGCCAGGACUGGCUGACCAGGAUACGCUUGGCACUCAUGAGGGUGGGACUCAUGUCCGGGCACCCAGCGGUCACCGUUCGGCACGGCUUCGACCUGCUUGCGGAGAUCAAAAGCAGCAACGCACCGGGUCCUGAGCUGGAGGUUCCCAUCACCAUGCUGGUGGAAGCGCUUUGCGAGUUGCGCUGUCCAGAGGCCAUCCAGGGUCUGGUGGCGUGGAGCACGACCACCAUGGGAAAGAGUCUAGCCUGGCUGGGCUCAGUGGCGUUACAGGCGGAGGGGAAGUUUGAAAAGGCGGCUCUGGAGUAUCAGGAGCAGCUUUGUGCCGUCACUGGCGUGGACUGUUCGAUCAAAGGCUUCGACAGAUCCUUACUAAAGGUCACUAACUCCACCAUGAGUAACAGCUCCAGCCCGAAGCACACGAGCAGUGGGGACGGUAGGAAGACGGUCCUGUUGAAGUCCAGCGAGUGCUCUCCCGAGGUCCUGAAUUUUCUGGCUAAUAAGGCGUGCGAGUGUUACGUGGCUCUGAGUGACUGGUCGUCGGUGCAGGAGUGGCAGGCCAGCAUGCUGGCGCUCAAGAAGAACAGCAGCAACUCCGCCACGGUGAACCUAAAGACGGACUUCAACUACAUCAGAGCACUGAGCAGGUUCGAGGAUGGGGAUUUCUCAGAGUGUCGGACGCAGUUGGAGCUUCUGCCUGGAGAAGAUUACGGCCUCCUCAACUCCACCACGAAGGAUAAGCUAGACCUGAAGAGGCUCCUGCCGGCUGUGCUCAGCCCCGAUCCGUCAGAGCUGCAGAAAGCCAUCGAGGUUCAGCUGCUGAGGAGUGCUGUGGGUGCAGUCACAUCCACCAACCAUGAGCAGGACCAGAAGGUUCUUCCUUCGUCUGACACUCUGGUUAAAUACCUGAAGCAGACGGGUCGGAUCUCUCUCGGGCCCCUGCGUCUGUCUACUCUCACUCUGUCUGAUACCCUGCCCACCCUUACCAUCCUGCAGCUCCACUGCACCAGCUCCCUGGAGUCUUCGCUUUGCAGCCAGCACCCGUCAGAGGAAUGUCUGAUCCCGCUUUUCAGCGAAGCCCUGAGCACGUGUAAGCAGCAGGACGUUCAGCCGUGGAUGCACGCCCUCCGAUACAGCAUAUUCCAGCGCCAGCUCUUCCUCAAACUCAAAGGCACCGCCGGUCCUGUCGACUCUCACCUGGUGGAGCUGUCUUUGACGGCAGUGAAGUUUGCCCGUAAGCAGGGUAACAUCGCGCUGGCUACACGACUGCUGGCUCAGUGCAGCGAGUCGCCCGCUGACGACUCCCAGGUUUCGGAGCUGGUGCAGAGCUUCAAGCAGCUGUCUCUAGAGGGCGUCGUUGCCGAGAAGUGGGGACCUGAGCUGAAGAUCGAACGAGCCAAAGUGCUCUUCACUGCAGGUCAGUCUACGGCUGCUAUGGAGAUGCUGAGUUCGUGCGCGCUGUCCUACUGUCGGUCGGGAAAGAACGAGCGCGCCGCCUGCCGCUCGGUGCUCACGCUGUGCAAGUGGCUGUUGGCCGACUGGAAGGAUCUGACGCCGCAGCUUAAGCAGGCGGUGAAGAAAAACUCCAGCAGUCCGCCGUCCACCCUCAGCAAGAACGUUACCGCCCUGCUGGAGCUGCCCGUGGAGGAGCAGGACAUGCCUCGCAUCACCACAGAGACCACAGUGAGCGUCGGGGUCGGAGAAGCAGACUUCGUCCUGGGCCAGUUGUACCAGCUCUCUGCCACUCAGGCCCCUGAAGUUGCCAAGUCCUGGGCUGCUCUGGCCAGCUGGGCGUACAGAUGGGGUCGGAAGGUCGUAGAUAACGCCAGCCAAGGAGAAGGUGUCCCGCUGCUGCCAGAGGAGAAAAUGCAGAUAGAGGCGCUUCUUCCGUCCGGCACCAGCGAGGAGGAUAAAGAGACCAUUUUCAGUAUUUUGGGCCAAGCCAUGUGCCGGCCAGCUGGUAUCCAGGACGAGGACAUGGCUUUGCAGAACGAAGAAGACGACGAGGACGACAUGGUGGACGUGAUCUGGAGGCAGCUUCUGAGCUCGUGCCCGUGGCUGGCCGAGGUGGACGACGGGGUGAUGGAGGGGCUGAUCCGGGUGUGGAGGAGGGUGGUCGACCGCAUCUUCAGCCUCUAUCGCGUCUCCUGCAGAGCCUAUUUCACCUUCCUCAAACUAAACGCCGGACAGGUUCCGAUCGAUGAGGACGACCCCAAACUUCUACUGAACCCCCAGAGCAACAAGCAGAGCAGCGACGAUGUGAUUGUGAUGGCGACGUUGCGUCUGCUCCGCCUGCUGGUGAAGCACGCCGGGGAGCUCAGGGAGGGGCUGGAGCUCGGCCUGGCCGCCACGCCCACUGCCCCCUGGAGAGGCAUCAUUCCACAGUUGUUCUCCAGACUGAAUCACCCCGAGGCCUACAUCCGGCAGAGCAUCUGCAGCCUGCUGUGCCGCGUGGCCCACGACUCGCCCCACCUCAUCCUCUACCCGGCCAUCGUGGGCUCCAUCUCGCUCGGAGGAGAAGCCCAGGCAGCGGGCACCAAGCUGCCCACGCUGCUGGGUAACAUUCCCGGUGAGGCGAUUUGCGAGGGGGAGGGAGAGACGGGUAGCGCGCCCACCUCUCAGGAGAGCGGCCGAGUGGACGAGCUGGGACCGUGUUCCGUCGAGGACCAGGCCAUGAUGCAGGACUGUUACAGCAAGAUCGUGGACACCCUGUCUGCCGCCAACCCCACCAUGGUGCUGCAGGUGCAGAUGCUGGUUGGAGAGCUGCGCAGGGUCACUCUGCUCUGGGACGAGUUGUGGUUGGGGGUCCUGCAGCAGCAGCACAUGCACGUCCUGCGCCGGAUCCAGCAGCUGGAGGACGAGGUCAAGAGAGUCCAGAACAACAACACGCUGCGCAAGGAUGAGAAGGUGGCCAUCAUGCGGGAAAAGCACUCGGCUCUGAUGCGGCCCGUGGUGUUCGCUCUGGAUCACGUGCGCAGCAUCACGGCCGCCGCAGCGGAGACGCCUCACGAGACCUGGUUCCAGGAGACCUACGGAGAGGCCAUCCACAAUGCCCUGGAGAGACUGAGGAACCCGCACAACCCCGCCAACCCCGCCAACAGCUGGGUGCCCUUCAAACAGAUCAUGCUGAGCUUGCAGCAGCGGGCACAGAAGCGAGCCAGCUACCUCCUGCGACUGGAGGAGAUCAGCCCUCGUCUGGCCUCCAUGGCAAACACGGAGAUCGCUCUGCCGGGAGAGGUGUCUGCCACAGAUGCCAUUACCAUUCAGAACGUGGGCAACACGAUCACCAUCCUGCCCACCAAGACCAAGCCGAAAAAGCUGUACUUUCUCGGCUCGGACGGCAGGAACUAUCCUUACCUGUUUAAAGGGCUGGAGGAUUUGCACUUGGAUGAAAGGAUAAUGCAGUUCUUGUCCAUCGUCAAUACCAUGUUCACUAAGGUGAACCAGCAGGAAAGUCCCAGAUUCCACGCCCGUCACUACUCGGUCACACCUCUGGGCACGCGCUCCGGCCUCAUCCAGUGGGUGGACGGAGCCACUCCUCUGUUCGGCCUCUAUAAACGCUGGCAGCAGCGCGAGGCGGUGCAGCAAGCUCAAAAGGACUCGUUUCAGCAGCCGCAGAACCUGCCCAUGGUCCCCCGCCCCAGCGAGCUGUACUACAGCAAGAUCGGGCCCGCUUUGAAGGCGAUCGGGCUGAGUCUGGACGUGUCUCGCAGGGAUUGGCCGCUCAGCGUGAUGAGAGACGUGCUGCGGGAGCUUAUGGAGGCCACGCCCCCUAACUUGCUCGCUAAAGAGCUGUGGUGCUCGUGCACGACCCCCAGCGAGUGGUGGAGGGUCACUCAGUCGUACGCCAGGUCCACAGCCGUCAUGUCGAUGGUGGGUUACAUUAUCGGCUUAGGUGAUCGUCACCUGGACAACGUCCUGAUAGACAUGACGACCGGUGAGGUGGUCCACAUCGACUACAACGUCUGCUUCGAAAAAGGGAAAAGCCUGCGGGUUCCAGAGAAGGUUCCCUUCCGUAUGACGCACAACAUCGAGACGGCUUUAGGAGUCACGGGAGUGGAGGGCAUUUUCAGGCUCUCCUGUGAACAGGUGAUUCAGAUGAUGAGGCGUGGCCGAGAGACUCUCCUGACCCUGCUGGAGGCGUUCGUGUACGACCCCCUGGUGGACUGGACUGCAGGGGGAGAGGUGGGCUUUGCUGGAGCCGUGUAUGGAGGAGGAGGACAGCAGGCCGAGAGCAAACAGAGCAAGAGGGAGAUGGAGAGGGACAUCACGCGCAGCCUUUUCUCCUCCCGCGUGGCCGAGAUCAAGGUGAACUGGUUUAAGAACCGCGACGAGAUGCUGGCCGUGCUGCCGCAGGUGGAGAUGGCAGUCGAGGAGUAUCUGAGCCUGCAGGAGCAGCUCUCUCAGGGGGAUAAGGUUCAGGGCAAACUGCUGGAGGAGAUGGAGUUCUUGGAGGGAGCAGACAGCAGAGCAGACCACCCCAUCCACACACUGGAACAAAGAUACUCUGAACACACCCAGCUGCAGUCGAGGCAGAGAACAGUCCAGGAUGCCAUCCAGAGCAAGCUGUCCGAUCUGGACCAGUGGAUCUCUCAGUAUCAGGCUGCGUUUUCCAGUCUGGAGGCUACGCAGCUCGCCAGUCUGCUCCAGGAGAUCAGCAGUCCCAUUGAUCUAGGUCCACCCAGCUACGUCCCAGCCACAGCUUUCCUGCAGAACGCAGGCCAGGCUCACCUGAUCAGCCAGUGCGAGGCUCUGGAGGCGGAGGUGAAUGCUCUGCUGCAGCAGCGCCGCUCGCUCCUGCGUGCCUGUCUGGAGCACCUGCACAGCUACGCCACCGUGGCGCUGCUGUACCCACGCGCCGUCCUACACCGGCACCGAGUCUACACCUGGAAGCAGUGGAUGGAGGAGCUGGUGUGUGACAUGACCGUGGAGCACUGCCAGGCCGUUUAUCACCGUUACGAGAUUCAGUUCGCCCCCCAGCCGCCGGCCGGCACGUGCCAGUUCCUGUCGAGCGUGGAGAUGGCGCUGCAGCACCACGCGACCGAGACCAACACGCGCCUCCUGCGGCAGAUGGAGAGGCUAAAGGUGGAGGGUGCCACCGUACCAGUGUGUCAGGAGCAGCUUCAGGAGAUCGAGCGCUGCAUCAAGGUCUUCCUGCGCGAAGACGGCGAGCUGGCCUCCUUCAGCCUGGCGGGGAUCAUCAUCUCGGCCCUCUGUACUCUAACCAGGCGUAAUGUGGUGAUGGAGGGCGCUGCAGCGAGUGCAGGGGAACAGCUGGUGGAGCUGACGUCCCGGGACGGAGCCUGGUUCCUGGAGGAGCUGUGCAGCAUGAGCGGUAACAUCACGUGUCUGGUUCAGCUGCUGAAAGAGUGUCAGCUCCAGUCCCACGACCUGGAUGUCCUCAGCCCCGCAGACACCUUUCAGACCGUCUACCUGGCCAACGGAGUCUACACCUGCCUACAGGAGCUGAACACCAACUUCCGUCAGAUCAUCUUCCCCGAGGCUCUGCGCUGCAUGCUGAAAGGAGAGAGCACUCUGGAGAACAUGCUGGCCGAGCUGGACGCUCUGAUCGAUCAGUGCGCCGAUGGGCUUUCCCUGCAGGGCCUGGGCGAGGCACUGCAGGCCUACCUCCGAAACGCUGCUAUGGGGCUGGACGAAGACACGGACGCGCACUACCUGGACGUCACGAGGUUGCUGCGCGUCCAGUAUUCUGAACUGAUUCAGCCUCGGAACACGGAGGGCUCGGUGCAGGACACGCCCAAGAUGACUGCCGGACAGAUGCUGCUGGUGGCCUUCGAUGGCAUGUUUGCUCAGCUUGAGACGGCGUUUGGGCUCCUGAUUGACAAGCUGAACUCGAUGGACGUACCUACUGCUUGGAGGAAGGUGGAUGUGAUCUGGGAGGCCAGAGCCACGCAGGUCCAUUUCUUCGAUAACGUCCAGACUCGGCAGGUCCUGGAGGAGAUCUUCUUCCUCAAGAGACUUCAGACCAUCCGCGACUUCUUCCGUCUGUGCGCUUCCUUCUCACAGACGCUGUCUGGCACGUGUCCCCCUCCUACGGACGAACCCCCUUCGUCUAACGGCCCCGUCCCCUUGAUGUAUCGCGGCUCUGUGGUCAGCGAGGAGCAGAUGACGAGGCCCAUUAAAGCCUUCACUGCAGAUUUCGUACGCCAGAUGCUGAUGGGGUUGCCGACCCAGGCCCUGGGGCUGGCUCUCUGCAGCGCCCUCAGCGCCCUCGGCACGGACCUCAUCGCUCAGGUGGAGGCCAAGGACUUCGGCGCGGAAGGCAAGGUGUCCCUGGACGACCUGUGUAAGAAGGCGGUGGAGCAGGGUGUCCAGGCGGGCCGGCUCUCUCAGUUGCUGCUGAACAGGGCCACGGUGCUGGCCAGCUCGUACGAUACGGCCUGGAAGAAGCUGGACCUGGUGCGCCGCCUGGAGCUCAGCAUCGACGCCUGCAAGGUCAGCCUGCAGAGAGCCCAGCUACACAUCGCCAUGUUCCAGUGGCAGCACGAGGACGUCCUGGGCACUCGCACUCAGCCGAUGUCCGUCAGCCCUCCUCCGCGUUCCAUCAUCCUCAGCAACAUGAAAAAGAAGCUCUACAAGCUCAGCCAGGAUGAUGCCGCCAUCGGCAGCGUUCAGGAGAAGCUGGCGACGCUGGAGGGGAGCAUAGAGCAGAGACUGAAAUGGGCCGGCGGCGCCAACCCGGCUCUGACGCCCGUGCUGCAGGAUUUCGAGGGCACCAUCGCCGAGCGGCGCGCCCUGGUGAUGAAGGAGAGUCAGCGCGCCAGCCAGGUCACGUUCCUCUGCAGCACCGUGCUUAACUUCGAGGGACUCCGCACGCGUACCCCCGAAGCCCUGAGCAUGGACACGGCCCUCUUCGACCUGGUGAAGCGCUGCCAGGCCACCUGCUCCUACGCUGCCCAGUUUAACACCUCCGUCUCCUCUCUGGAGCUGCAGCUGCUUCACAGGCUGAGCCCCGUCAUGGAGCUGUCGAUCAGCGCCCCCGAGUGGCUGGUGUGCGCUCAGAAGCACCUCUCCCAGGAGACGAGCAGCCAGAGGGCGCUGCAGGAGGAGCGAGAGCAGCAGCUGGACGGCGUCACGGAAUCCCUCCAGCUCCUGGUGGACACCAUCAAGGGCAUCCUGUCCAAUCACAACCGCCUGCUGGCUGACGUCAAGCACCUGCUGCGUUCCAUGGCCAAGGACGAGGAGAACGCCCUCGCCGAAGGAGAGGAAGUGACUUACGAAGGAAGCGUGCGCCAGUUCCUGUCCGAGUACAAGGCUUGGCAGGAUAACGUGCAGAUCGUGCUGUUCACGGUGGUCCAGGCGACCGGCCAGCCGCGUAGCCUCGAACAGGUCGAGCUGCUCCAGGAGAUCCCAGCCACGCUGAAGGAGCUCAAAGUCCAGAGCCAGAGCGUCUACAAUGGCUUGGUUGGAUUUGCGUCCCCCCUCGUUACCGAAAAAGGAAGCGACGGUGCAAGCCCCACUUCGACCGUGCAGACGAGCUUUGCUGCUGCGGUGAGAUGCAGCAUGGUGAAGACCCAGCCUGAAAGCAUGUCUCAGAACGCUCGCAAAGCCCUUCCUCGGAACUUUGGGACCCCAGCAGACACCCCACCCAGCACCCUGAUCGUCACCACCAAAAGCUUGGCCCCGAGCCCCAAGAGAGCCGUGAGGGACCCUAAAACUGGCAGAGCUGUACAAGAGAGAAACUCCUACGCUGUGGGUGUUUGGAAAAGAGUGAAGGCAAAACUGGAGGGGAGGGACGUGGAUCCUAACAGGAGGAUGAGUGUCACAGAGCAGGUGGACUAUGUCAUCAAAGAGGCCACGAACCUGGACAACCUGGCUCAGCUGUACGAAGGUUGGACAGCCUGGGUGUGAACGGGAUCUGCGUUGUCAUUUCGGUUCCAGCGAGGGUAGAAAUCCACCAGAAUCCACUGGGUCUGGGGCGUCUAAGCCACAGCGCAGCAUGCGGAGAACAGGGAAUGGGGGGGCGCGAAGGCCCCUCCUGCGCGCCCACACGGCACCCCCGUUGCAAAGCUGCACCCGCAGAUCCAGCCAACACCGACAAUACGGGUCUGCAUCCGUCUCCUCGAGGCGAGCUGGGGGGAAGAAUACAGAGGAAGGGGAGGGGGGGGGGGCACCAGGCUCUCCUGGCUUUACUACCUUCCCCCCCACCAAAUAUACCCCCCCCUGCUUCAUCAUCAGCAACAUUAACAGUGUCUGUCAGCUACCGAUACACGGGGUCUGGUUUUGGGAAAUGCUUUGCAGAAAAUUGAUCCACCGUAUCGAUCGAUCCCACUGUCUUUAAAGCGAGAGGAGCUUUAGACGGGACGCCUCUGGACUUCACUCUGAAGGAGAUGAUUGUCCUCUGGCAUCUGUUUUUGGAUGGCUCGGGGAGGGCGAGUUCACGGCGGACAAGGCCGUCGUACGUUGGCGGGUACGCCGAUCUCAAAGGGGACUCCAUUCAAAGCCAGACGGCCGUUGGCAGACCUGAGAGUUCUUCACAUCUUUAAAUACGUUAUGACUUUUCCUCCCACCUUUCGAUCAUUUCUUUGGAACUUUAUUCACACCUCUAGACGUAUCUCACAAUUCAACGGGAAAAUGUAACUGGCGAUAGAUUUAAGGGAAUAAAAGUGAUUGUUGGUUUGGCACUGAUGUGCGUAAAGUUGAUGAAUUCACUGUAUUCGUUUUGGUUUGGUUUUAUUUUUCUUUUUGACCUUUGAAUGAAACUUGGAAAAUUUUCGGUACACAGCGAUGAUGCCCGGGUUUAAAUCGGCUAGCGUGCAAAAUCAGUUUCUAAAUGCUUUUUUUCCCCUUUGUAGUGUACGCGUUUCUACGAUUUAUGUACUGUAGGUAUUUUCUGACUCUCCCUUCUUUGCUAGCUGCUUAAAUUAGAUAAGCACCUUUUUUGACUUGCCUGUGGAAGUGUGUCGUUUCUGAAGCUUACUCCCCACUACGCUUGCGUUUUACUGAUCUUGAUCUAGUUUUACAUUUUUAGUGGGAGAAUUAAGUAAUGCAGUAGUGCUGUGGUGAUGGUAGAAAUAUUGUCUCUUAAUGAUUUUACUCUUUCGUUUGACAAAUAAAUCUGGAUUUCAAACACAAA